CCGCCCCCCUCCUGCACCACGCACUGCGCGCCGCGCUGCGGGCAUUCGAUGCACGCUCCUGGCCCGUAACUAUACAUACUCUGUACACAGCGCGCUACUGUUACGGGAUUGGGAAUUAGAAAUUGAGGAGGAGACAUAUUGGGUCUCUGGUGACCUCACUCAUGCGGCGAAACACGUUGUUUCACGUCGAUUUUCUGUAAGGCUGGUAUAACUCCCGCCUUAGGGAAGGCAAGAGAGUGUCCAACUCUUACUGACUAAAAACCAAUCCCUCUGAACUUCUGCUUCAAACUGAAACCCUUUUCACCUCUCUUCUGUACCUAUAUCUACUUUUAUUGUACUAAUCUUCCCCCCCUCCCCCUCUCAUACAGGAGCGCAACUCGUCGACCCUGUUACUGAGCGCACUGGUGCAGCGAGUGUUUGGAGUGCAGCGGACCUGUAUGACGGGACGGAUCUUCUUCCUGCGGUACCCACAGGUCUACGACUUCAUGCUGGAGAAGCUCCAGGAGGUGUCUAGUGAGGAGUCCAGUACAGUGCUGCGCCCCUCCCUGUACCCGGUACUACUCCUGCUGGCCAGGCUCUAUCCUUCCUCGCUGGAGGGAACUGUCUCCAACCUCAAGUUGGUGGCCUUCGUCCCGCACGUGAUGUCGUGCGCCAGUAGCUCGGUGCUCAAGACGCGCCAGCUGGCGGCCAAGGCCAUCGUGCCGCUCAUAUCGCCCGAGAUGUACAUCCCGCACAUAGAGUCCACACUGGAGCUGGUGCAGCAUGAGCACACGAAGACCAACCACCGCCACGGACUACUGCUGCAGCUCGGCCGCCUGUUGCAGGCCGGGGCCCGCGCCGGGGGCCUGGCCGUCUGGCACUGGGGCCCGCACGUGCGGCCCGCGCUGCGAUACCUGCGGGGGCCCUGCUACCCUGUCGCCGACGAACUCGUCAAACUCAUCAACUUACUCGUUUUGAGGUCUCCAACUGCGCCACAAGAUAUUAUAAAUGAAAUCUGUUCACAUCUUCACACGCUGAUAUUCGAGACGGUGCCGACACCUAUCAGUGCGGGUCGCGACGUGUGCCUGGCGAAUGCUAUGUACCUGUACUUCAUACUGGCGACCCGGUACCACGUCACAGACCUAACCAGCCUGGUGCAUAGAGCUUUACAGCAUAAGUCCUACGAAGUCAUACUCACGGUGCUAAACUACCUUCUCAUACUUCAUAAACAAUUAGAACCGGACAACAACAUGUUCCACGAACAUCUCGUGUCAAUAGCAGACCCAUCCACUCUAAAAGAAAUUAAGAAUAAGCAAUACAUCCAACUUCUGUGUGAUGUUCUGAAGAGUCACUACAUGGAGUGUCGAGAGAAAAGUUUGAAGAUCUUAGUACUUGAGGGGAACACACAGCGCGACAUCAUAGAGACUAAAACAGGGGUUACUGUGACUGAUGAUAUGGUUAUAGAGAAGUUGAUUGACUGCAUACAGACGGAAUAUGAAACCCUGACUCACACAUACUUGCAAAGUCUGGUAAACUUUGUAUCGGAGAGAAUACAGGAGGGGAGUAUACAUAGUCGAGUGGUGUUGAAUGUUGUACGCACUGUGUACGAGUGUAGCUCCGCGGAGAACUGUGAGAGCACUAGGAAGGUAGCCGUCAGCUUCAUAGAGAGGAACUACAUGCUGUUCAAGUUGGAUACUAGUCAACUGACUGCCGCUGAACAAUUUGAGCUACACGCGACGCUAUGGGCGACUAUAAUAACGUUGCUGGAAGACGACGAGGAGGCCAUCCGCCAGCGAGUGUCGCGCGCGGUGUGUCCGGGCGCGCGCGUGGCGCCGGCCCGCGCCGCGCGCUCCCUGCGGGCCGCCCUGCGCGCCGCCGGGGACGUCGCCCUGCUGGGCCUCGUGGCGCUGCUGGACUUCCAGUCCGUCGUCGUCAUGGCGGACGACGUCAGCGAUGAGUGUCGAGUUUUCGACCAGAACGAGAGGUACAAUAUAUUCCUAGAAGAAAGUAUAUGGACAAUAGCGUGCGCUGAUAUCAUAGUAAAUGAACAUAAAGUAGAUAAUUCUAAGCUAUUGGAGAUCAUAAACAGACCAGAAUAUGAAGGAACUUUCCAAAAACUAUGCCAAGACAAUGUAGAAAUGUAUAAGAAAAUGGCUACAGGACAUAAGAUACCACGAAAUGAAGCGCUCAACCCUAAAAUACAAUUGCUAGUUGAUAAGUUAAGUUGAUGUGGUACUUCGAUACAAUAUUUGUAUUGUAUUAGAAAAUUGUUAGAUAUUAUUUAUAUCUUAAGAAAAUGUAAAUAUUUACUAUCAACAUAUCUAUCUACAUAUAUCAUAGGAAGUAAUUCAUGGUGUAAUUUUUUUUAUUAUUUCAUAUUACUUAUAUCAUCAGCCGACAAUGCCUACAGCUAAAGAGCGUACUAAUCAUGAACAUGUAUGUUAGUAUGCCGUUACGUGGUAAGUGUUUUGUAAAAAUUCGUUUAAGACAAAUUAUUCUUAC